GGGCUCGGGCCUAUGCCACCGCGGCGGCUCGCCCUCUUGGGCGGCGUCGUCUGCCGCGCCGCGGCCGCAGACGCGCCGCUCGACCCCGGCGCCGUGCGCCAGGCCCUCGCGACCGUCGCGCUGGGCGCCUUCGUCCUCGGGGCCUGCUGCGCCUGCGCCUGCGCGGCCGCCUGCUGGUGCGCGUCGAUCGCCUACGACGCCGACGGCGGCGGCGGCGGCCCCUUCUCCGCGCGGCGCGUCCUCGCGGCGCUCGGCGCCAAGGAGCCGCCGCGGCGCUACGCGCGGGUCCGCCUGAACGAAGACGAUGCCACAGGCGGCGACAUUGAGAUGACGCUCGCCUAGUGCCGCGGCCCUCGCGGAAAUUGUGUGGUUGUUGACUUGUUGUGGUUCGAAGGUUCGUGGAGCCGGUCGAUACUCGGGUUGUCCGAUUCCGCGUCGUUUGCUCGCUAGCGCAUCGUAUGCUCGCUAGUGCGUCCCUUGCUCGCGAGCGCUUGGCUCGCUCCUUAGCUCGCCGCCAGCGGGGCGCGGGUGGCGCAAGAGACGGGCGCGGACCGGACGGGCGACCCGCGGGACCUGGAGGCGCCUAGACGGGUGCAGUUUAGGGGGGUGCCCUUCUAAGGCUG